AGCUUUUUGCUCGACAACAUAGUGGGACACGUCAACGACGCGCGAAUCCUACCAGCAUAUUCAGCGCUCAGUGUUGGGAAGAGCCCAUCUGAAGAUGCUGGCCACUGUGAAGAACACAUUCCUUCAAUGGCACGCCACGGAGACCACGGCGAAGACCCCCACACGCGCACGCUCCGCCGAUUCCUGGAGGCCUGCCCGUGACGAUGCCUGUGCGGAGAAGCUGAACCGUCUGCUGGAGGAGCCUCAUGCGAGGCGCCAGUUGCUGCGACCGCUGCCGGAGCUUGCCCCAUCAGUGGAGGAGCUGCGUGUGCUGCAGCGUCGCAUCGCGGAAUGCGCAGGUGUCAGCAAGGAGAGUCUGUCGAAGAGGAUCUUGUCCAGCAGCUCCGUGAGUACCAUGGCCUCCGAGGAGGAUGCCAUCGGUCACAAGGGCCUGGAGGCCGGGCACAUGCCCAAGGCGCGGUCCUGUGGCUCCGUAAGCUCUCUGUGCUCUGAGUUUAUCCUGGACGAUGGUCAGAUCGCCCCCAUCCUCGAGGAAGAGCCCCGGAUCGCUUCAGCCAAGGAUGGCAGCAAGGUGGAAUUCACACACAACCAAGUGCCGAAGACCAUCAACCUCGCCGCGGAGUUCUCGAAGCAGACGCUGAAGGGCAAACCCACCACGAUGAUGAUCCGCAACAUCCCGAACCGCUACACCCAGCGCGAGUUCGUAAGGGAGUUGGACGAUCUUGGCUUCGCCGGCACCUACGACUUCCUGUAUCUGCCCAUCGACAAGGGCACGCUCUGCAACGUUGGCUAUGCCUUUGUGAACUUCCUGGAGCCGAAGGACGGGGAGCGGUGCAUGGAGGUCUUCCACAACUACAUCUUCCAACGCUACCGCAAGGCGCGGGGCAAGAUCGCGGCGGUGUCCAUCGCGCAUUUGCAGGGCCUCGAGGCGAACCUGAGGCACUACCAGAACUCGGCGGUGAACAUGGCGCCACGUAUCAAGCAGCAGCGGGGGCCCCUCAUCAUCCCCCGCGGCCAAAUCGCCGGCAACCUUUGCUAAGAGCUUACGAGCUCAGGUAGCAUCUCCGAAUCAGGAGUGAGCAGGUUGCAGAUCGACGGGGUCAAAAGUGUAGGCCGCGAGCCGCAUGGUACAGAUCAAAGGCUGUCA